CGUCUGCCAGCUGGCGACAGGUCUUGCCAGUUUUGACAGGUGCCAAGCGAGUGAUCAACAAAGAGGCGCGUUUGGUCGUUCAGCCGCAGCACUAGUGCCCAGUGACUGCUACAAGAUUCACGCCAAUCAAGCAAAUUUGUACUUGGAAUAGUGCACAGGUGGCUUUUGCGCUCGAACUUGGCCGAGUCCAAUUGAAUUUGCUGGCUUAAAUAUCCAAGUCUUGUUGGCGUUUGUGAAUCACCAGCAAGUAACCAUUGUGCAUCUUUAGUUCACAACACUCACAACUCCACGGGUCUAAAAAGGGCAAUCCGAUCUACACACUCGACAUCCUCAAUGGACAACGUUCUCGAAUGGAUAUGCUCGGCGGAUGUAGCACUAGAAUGGCAAGUUAAGCGAGACCUACUCGGGCUUUCCGAGUCUGAAUGGAGACCCGUCCGCGCAAGGAUUGAGACGCAUGGCUGGGGCAAGGAGCUGCUAUCCAAGCAGGAUACCGACGGGCAGUGGGCCGGCGGCUCGUUUGCGCCAUCUGACGCGACGGCCGCCGAAUUCAAAGAAAACAGGCAACCCUGGACGGCAACGGCGUUUGUACUGGACGAGCUGCGUGAGAUGGGGCUUGAGCCUGGCUGCGACGCGGCCAAGAGGACGGUUGAGCUGGUGGGUGACAACUGCAAAUGGGAUGAAGGAGGACAGCGAUUUUGGGACGGCGAGACAGAAGAGUGCAUUAAUGGGCGAACCGUGUCUUCUGGCGUCUACUUUGGCGUCGAUGUUCAUAGUAUCGUUCAGCGACUGCUAGGCGAGGUGCAGUCGGACGGUGGAUGGAACUGCGAUAGGCACCGAGGCUCCGUGCGGUCGUCGUUUGACAGCACCAUCAACGUGCUGGAAGGCUUACUUGCAUAUGAGAUUGCGCAUGGCGCCACGCCGGAACUCACGGCAGCGCGCAAGUCGGGCGAAGAGUACCUGCUACAGCGAUCUCUGUUCAAGCGACUGUCCACGGGUGCGGUGGUCGACGCCACGUACCUGCAGCUAACAUAUCCGCGAAGGUAUGCCUAUGAUGUGCUACGGGGGUUGGAGUAUUUCAGGGCAGCUCAUCUGUCUGCGGGAGGCAAGGCUAAGCCUGACGCUAGACUCGCCGAGGCCAUUGGCAUUGUGAGGCAGAAGAAGAAAGCCGAUGGCAAGUGGCAGCAGGAAAGGGAAUUCAAGGGUCGUCACUGGCUCAAGUAUGGUGAUGUUGGAGAGAGUAGCCAGUGGCUCACGCUCAAGGCGCUGCGUGUGCUAGGGUGGUGGGAUGACGCGAGUCAAUAGCAUAUUCUGGUCUCAAUAUUGUCGUUCUUUUUACACUAUUCAUUUUUCAAUUUGUGAUUAAAUGGACAGGCGACGACUCAGGCACCCUUGGGCUUCUGUCACAAAACGGUUCAGCUGUUAACCAACGGGUAGAACGGCUGGCUGCAGCGGUGGGAAUAGAAUGAAGGGACGAACGAAUUGAGCCAAUGGGGAAGCCCAACAGGCCAGCGUGCUCUUGACUCGUUUUUCUCUUCUUCUAUUUUUUCUUCCUUAAGAGAAAUCUGUAGCGCCGAAAUUAGGCCAAUGCAAAUCCCCCAAAAUGUGGCUUGCAUGUUGGUGGCUUCCAAAUAGAGCCACUUUUGGACUGGCGCUAGCAACUCAGUGCAGUUCAGGGCAAUAGUUCCCUGCUUACAGUGCGUUCGGUGUCGAAUAAGG